CACCGCUGUCACAUGGAAGCAGAGUAUGAGGCUAUCCGCUAAAACAGACGCUUUUUAAAUGAAACAUUCUGUGUGUAUUUAGCUUUAUAAACCUUUCUCUUGACGAGUUAACCUGUGCGACUUCAACACACCAUGGAAUCGGAAGGGAUGUCGCACCAUGCAGUCAGUUCAUCAGUAGAUGUGUCUCAGAGUGUUGAGGAGGACCCUUUAGUGGAUGGACCGCUGAUCUCCCAUGAUGCCCUGCAGUCUGCUAUCAGGAGAGAAUUCAAAACUCUCCCCACACACUGUCCUGCUGUCCUGCUGUUGCUGCUGCAGGUGGUGUAUGUGUCUCUGAGUGUGUGUGUUGCCGUAGUGUGUGUGUUGGAGGUUGGCCGGGAGGAGUGUGUCCGUGUGUUGGGUCAUGUUCGGGGGCAGAGUGUGGUGGUGAUUGGGAAGGUGUUUGUGUGGCUGUGUGUGUUGUUGUUUGGUGUGUGUGUUCAGCAUCACCACAGCCGAGUGAGGGGCAGAGGAUACCUCCGUUUCUACAGAGACAACCGCACCCUGAAACACCUGCCCUUCCUCAUCCACUCUGCAGGGAACACGGCGGUGUUGGUGGUCAUGUCAGCUGAUCUGCCAGAGGCAGGUCAUCUUCCUGUUUAUCUGCUGCUCGGGAUUCUGGGACUGGAGCUCCUGGUCUCUCUGCCUUGUCUGAUCAUCUACACAGUCAGGGUGGUGAGAUUCAACAGAGACAGAGCUGGUCCAGAUAUCAGUCAGGAGGAACCAUCUAACUCCUACAACACUACUGAGACUGGCUUCAGAGAGGGCUCCAGUCUGGAGGAGGUAGUGGAGAAACAAGCUGAUCUCAUCGACUACCUGAAGCAACACAACACCUUACUGAGCAAGAGACUGCUCAACAUGACUGUACAGCACUGACCGCAAUACAACCACAAUACGACCACAACACCACCAUAAGAGACAGAGAGAGGAGGAUGGAAGAAGAGAAGAGUGUCACAGAUUAGAGGCCUUGAGUUUUAUUUCUCUGUGACCACCCCAAGUGACCUCUGGGUAGUGUGUGUGCGUAGAGAUUGUGUGUCUGUGUAGAGAUUGUGUGUCUGUGUAGAGAUUGUGUGUGAAAAGGGUAUUCAUUAGAUAUAUGUGAGAAGAAGGGAGGAGAGAUGAGGGAGGGAGAGAGAGAGAGGAGGAGAGAGACGAAGGAGAGAAAGAUUGAGGGAGAAGGGAGAAAGAGAGAGACGAGGGAGGGAACCGUGUGUGUGUGUGUGUGUGUGUGUGUGUGUGUGUGUGUUCCACAGAAAUGUUUUACGUAUGUUUUCUCCCUGCAGUGUGUUUUUAUAUAAACUCAGCAAAAAAUGAAAUGUUCUCUCACUGUCAACUGCAUUUAUUUUCUGCAAACGUAACCUGUAAAUAUUUGUAUGAACAUAAGAUUCAUCAACUGAGACAAACUGAACAAGUUCCGCAGACAUGUGACUAACAGAAAUGGAAUAAUGUGUCCCUGAACAAAGGGGGGGUCAAUAUCAAAAGUAACGGUCAGUAUCUGGUGUGGCCACCAGCUGCAUUAAGUACUGCAGUGCAUCUCCUCCUCAUGGCCUGCACCAGAUUUGCCAGUUCUUGCUGUGAGAUGUUACCCCACUCUUCCACCAAGGCACCUGCAAGUUCCCGGACAUUUCUGGGGGGAAUGGCCCUAGCCCUCACCCUCCGAUCCAACAGGUCCCAGACGUGCUCAAUGGGAUUGAGAUCCGGGCUCUUCGCUGGCCAUGGUGUGUGUCUUGCAGGAAAUCACGCACAGAAUGAGCAGUAUGGCUGAUGGCAUUGUCAUGCUGGAGGGUCAUGUCAGGAUGAGCCUGCAGGAAGGGUACCACAUGAGGGAGGAGGAUGUCUUCCCUGUUACGCACAGCGUCAUUGAGGGCAAUCUCAACAACAAGCUCAGUCCGAUGAUGCUGUGACAUAUCGCCCAGACCAUGACGGACCCUCCACCUCCAAAUCGAUCCCACUCCAGACUACAGGCAUCGGCGUAACGCUCAUUCCUUUGACGAUAUUUGUGAAUCCGACCAUCACCCCUGGUGAGACCAAACCGCUACUCGUUGUCCUGCCUUACAACAGGCCAACAAGCCCUCAGUCCAGCCUCUCUCAGCCUAUUGCGGACAGUCUGAGCACUGAUGGAGGGAUUGUGCGUUCCUGGUGUAACUCGGGCAGUUGUUGUUGCCAUCCUGUACCUGUCCCGCAGGUGUGUUGUUGAUAUACCGAUACUGUGCAGGUGUUGUUACAUGUGGUCUGCCACUGCGAGGACGAUCAGCUGUCCGUCCUGUCUCCCUGUAGCGCUGUCUUAGCAGUCUCACAGUACAGACAUUGCAAUUUAUUGCCCUGGCCACAUCUGCAGUCCUCAUGCCUCCUUGCAGCAUGCCUAAGGCACAUUUAAACAGAUGAGCAGGGACACUGGGCAUCUUUCUUUUGGUGUUUUUCAGAGUCAGUAGAAAGUCCUCUUUAGUGUCCUAAGUUUUCAUAACUGUGACCUUAAUUGCCUACCGUCUGUAAGCUUAACGAUCGUUCCACAGGUGCGUGUUCAUUAAUUGUUUAUGGUUCAUUGAACAAGCAUGGGAAACAGUGUUUAAACCCUUUACAAUGAAGAUCUGUGAAGUUAUUUGGGUUUUUAACGAAUUACCUUUGAAAGACUGGAUCCUGAAAAAGGAGCGUUUCUUUUUUUGCUGAGUUUAGUCCUGGUGACUUAAUGUGUAAAUGAGGUUAAUAAAUGGAAGUAAACGAAAA